AUGCAUGGACUUCUAAUCUAUUUGUGCCUUUUAACUUGCCUAUUUUACUUUUCGGAAGGUAAACCGUGUCCUGAAAAGACCCGUCGCCAUAAGACACGCUGCGAUGCUUUCUACAAAUGCCGCGACUUGCCCUCGAACUCCCACGUCUGGAUACCCAUCAAGUGUAAAGAGGGACUCGUUUAUGAGCAUAGUGUGGGCAGCUGUGUGUUGCCCGCCGAGGAUUGGGAAUGUCUAACCCCUAGCGAAGUAAAUAAUGCAACUAACAAGCUGUCAAGCAUGGGAAGCAAAGAAUCCGACAUUAUUAUUGUUAAUAGCGAUGAUGAGCCGGGAGUUUUACUCAAGGAGUCGCCACAGUUGCGUGACGACAACGUGGAGAUUGUGCUGGAUGCCUCCUUAAGCAGCGAAGAGCAGAGUGAACCACCUUUCAAGCCUGCACAUGAAAGCAGUGAGUAUGAAAGCUCCGCCAGCAACCAAUUCGAUUCCAGCGGCGAUGGUGAACUUGUCGAUUUGGAUAGCCAAGUGCAGCCAGAAAAUCGAGAGGGAGCGGUCAAUAUUACUUACUCUGCUUCUGUAGUGGACAAAGAGCCAAUUGCCCUAAAUAGACUGCCAAGCUCGUCAAUAGAUCCCACUCUUACAGCGCAUUUGCAACGGCUGUCGCAGCUGAUUGAUGGACUGCAGCAAACCUAUCAGAAGACGGACAAGCCACAAAUGGAAAUGCGCCCAGAUCAGUUAAAUGCUUUUCUAGCCCAUUUCGAUUUAAAAAAUCGCUACGAUAUGCUAAAUCCUUUGGGAGGGAGCCACACAGAGACCGCGACACCUACGACCCCAACAAAGCCAAUGGAGGUUUCGGCUACUACCACGGCCAGGCCAACUAUUCCAUUGCCAGAGCCAACAGUGAAUAAGACGCGUUUACAAGAGCAUUUAACCAAGCAUCGCAUGCAGCCAGAAACCAAGCUGAUGCUAUCUAAUGCCCAGCCUUUUUCCUCGUACGGUCAGGGCUAUGCGAACUCUCAGAUUGUAGUCAAUCGUCCAGAGGGAUCGGUUACAUUUACACUCCCUCAAUACGGUUCCAGCGAUGAACAUAGCCAGAAGUAUGCACAAACUCAGAGUCAUGAGUACAUAAGCGACCACGAACCCAAGGUUUCGGAGGAAACACUAAAAACUGUGCUGGAACUGUCCAAGCAGAUGAUCACCGCUCAGAACAUGCCUAAAGUGAUUCAGAAUCCGGCCUAUAAUGGAGCCUUCUAUGCACAGCCAAUUUUGCAGCCUGUCAUACUGACUACUCAAAACAAUCCUUUCCAGCAGUACUUCCCGAUGCAGAGCUUUGAGUCUCAUUCACCACCGCGGUCGCAAUAUAUGCAUCACAAGAAACAGAGCGGAUAUAACAAAAAGCAGUCGCAGCCCAGCACCACGAUCAUUCACAACAAUGUUAUACCUGUUCAUCUGGCUAGCACAAGCUCCGGCGAAAAGGAAGUACUUGAUACCUAUGGCAACAGCUUGGGCGUCUAUCCAAACAAUAACAACAACAAGAAUCAACAAAUGGACAGCAUGAACAACGGCAACAACUAUCUCAGCAAAUUUAUGGCUAUAAUGACAACACCUCGCCCCAAUUCCAGCUCCAGCUCCGGGAUGUCCGUAACCACUAUGAGUAGCCAAUAUACGGGUCAAUAUGCGGCUCCGUAUGCCAGCGAAUAUGCACAGACAACGCCGCGUCCUUUCGAGCAGCAACCAUCAGCAUCGACUGUGGCCUCCUACUAUACGCCUAGUCCGCAUCUUAAUGAGAAUAAUGCGCAUCGCGUGUUCAACACGGAGAGCUAUCCUACGUCAAUGUCCAUCGGUAUUAAUCUACCUCGCCCCAUGGACAGCCACAAUCUGUUUCCGAUACAUCUUGAGCCAGAUCAAGUGAAAAUUCGACCUAAUUCCCAAAAAAUCGAAAGCAUGGAAGUAGACGCCGAUGAAGCGAGUAAUGUUAAGUAUGUCAACAGCAAUGUGAACAACAACCACCUGCACGGGAACAACAACUACAACAAUAUGCAUAGCGGGUCUCAUACACUGACCUACAGCAGUGGCGACUCAACGGAUCUAAUGGGCAUGAACCAUCAAUUAGCACCUAGCUCGUAUGUGGAUCAGAGCUAUGCGAUGAACGAGCAGCAUCGACCUGACUAUAGUCCAUCCUACAUGUCCAAUCUACCAGCCAGCAUGAGCAGUGUAUAUAACGAACCCAUGGGCAACAGCAUGUACCCAUCUGCCAUGAGCUCUGCUAAUAGCAUGCAGCUUAUGUCCGGAAAAACAAAAUAUCCAUCUGCAUUGGGUCAGCUCGUAAGCUUCAACGGCAACUUUAUCAGUUUGGAUAUGUUUCAGAAGUCGAUAUUGCCAUUGAUGACACAAUCGCCGUCGGCGUUGUCCGAGCUUGGCAAAGUCGAGGUGAUCACAUGUCAGGCCGGUGUACGUCAGCCGAAUCAGACUGACUGCACCCGUUACUUUGUGUGUAGUAAGAAGGAUGGCAAAGUCUUGUCCUACUCUUGCCCACCCUAUACGGGCUUUAAUAAGCAGACGCGCAUAUGCGACGCAGCAACUUAUGCCCAGUGUGGCACUGUGCCAAUCCUCAAUGGCUAUUCGAUUGAGGAGAACAAGCGACUGCAGAUCGAAGCCCUUAAGAUGCUGAGCGAAGCCAAGCGGCGACAGGAGGCCACGCUUAAGAGUCAGAGUAUUGCCAAUCUUUUGCAACAAUAUGGCAGUAUGUCGGAGCCAAGUGGAUCUGCUGUCCCGUCUAGCAUGGAACACAGCUUGCUGGACACCUUCAUGGUCAACUUGCCCGAGCCAACUACCACGCCGCGCCCUACGCCAGUCAUUCUUACCCUGCCACCCAUCAGCAACAGUAAUAGCAACAUCAGCAGCAGCGGGUCGGCGAAGAAGCGCAAAUAUUACUGCAGGGAGGGCGAUAAGAUACCCGACCAGACCUCCAUCAGCAGCUACUUCGUUUGCUACAAGACCGCCCAAGGUCAGAUGAAAGGUCACAAGAUGACAUGCUCGAAGGGCCUGCUCUUCUGUCCCCGAACGCUGAUGUGCACGCUCGCUAGCAAAUGCUCCGGCUAGUUAGCUGGAACCUAAUCUAAAUAGUGUUCUAAGUUAUUUAUUUUAAAAUUAAGCAACGAUUUUCUAUAUGAAAUUAAUAACAGUAAUAAUGAU